AUGGGCUAUCCGUGCCAAGUCUUUCACGCUUCAGAGCUUCCUGAGCGCGUGCAGACCAACCUAGGCGGCCGGAAGCGCAAAUUGGAUAAAGGGUCCAAUAAUGUCGAGCUCUCUGGAUGCGAACUUGUCGAGAUGCUGCAGUAUAAGUGCGAAAUCAAAGAGCCCGUCAAGCCGGAUAGUCCUGUACAAUGCUUUGCGAUUGAGCGAUUGUUCCGGAAAUGUAGAGAUAAAAAGGGCUCUUUUAUGGUCGAAACGACGGCUUGGGAGGGCAAAGAGUAUCCUCCGGCGGGGCAGAGAAGCGAUGACGGAAAACACAACAGAGACAGGGCAUCUCCUCAGCACUAUCACUGGUCGUCAAGUUGGCACGCGCCAGACGCAGCACGAUGA